AUGACGUUUCUUCUCUUUGGUUUCGUCGCUGUCUGUUUCGUGGUAUCAGCUAAAGAAUCUGGCUACACCGUUCCUCAACCUCAACAUCCUUUCGGUGCUGCCGAGCCAGCAUCUGGUGCUGCUGUGUUCCACAUUGCCAAGACUUAUGAAGUAAAACCUGUCAUCUUCCAACCGAGCCCUUUGAAGAGUUUCACUGCACCCGAUCCACCAAGCGCGCCCGUGACGCUCUCAGCAGAAAAUCCGCACCUGAAGCGUCAUCCAGGAGUACAUUUAACAUCCUUGCCUCAUAAGGAUGUCUACACUUCAAAGAUCAGAGGUUUACCUUCUAGUCGCCGAGAGAAGGCUGUGCAGGAAGAGCAAGUGCAUCGGGAAGAGAGCCACAUACGAAAAGCUCCCGAAUGGGUGGAACACCUCUCCACGCACUCUAGGCACAGAUUCACCAUUCAAAAUCUUGGGCAGUCUGAACAGGUAAUCCGACAGUUCUACAAAGGCGCCAACGGUGGAAAACCGUACGUGACACCGAAUCCUAUUGAGGAGGCGUCGAAAACGAAGAAAAAAGUCUUCAACGCUAAGGAGGCAAAAGAGAUUGCUGAAAAAAUCAUCAAGCAGGAGCUUAAUCGUGCCAAAGUUGCCAAGUAUGGCAAAUCUGCUGGCACAGUACAAGAGGCUAACCAAAGUGGGACGGAUGGAGAACAAACAGAUGCGGCAGUAAUCGCUCCUGUCGAGAGAAGCGGAUACUCAGAAGAGGCAAAGGCUGUUAGUGUUGAUUGGUCCUUGAAUAACAACAAAGUGGACGAGUUCCCCAACGGAUACGAUGAAUCAACAACGUUCGAGGAAUCAGCGGCUUCGCCAUCCCGAAAUUUGUCGAGCACGGCAGCAUCUGGACCACGAGAGAUACCGUAUCCACUUCCAAAGAGUGUUGAUGGAGCAGUAACAGGUCACAAGAAUUGCCCUCCUUGUGCAGUGCUCGCUGUGGCUCCUCAUUCUACAGUGUUACCAGAAAUUUCCCCUUCAUCAUCCCCAAUAGAGUCGGCGCCAUCUCCUGACUCUGUGUCUGCUCCUGUUCCACCACAGACCGCUGCACAACCCGACCCGUCUCCACCUGAGCCACCGGUCGAAGUGCAGCGUCCAUCUGAGCCAGUGGUCGAAGUACCGCCACCUGAGCCAGCGGUUCAAGUGCAGCGUCCAUCUGAGCCUGUGGUUGAACUACCGCCUCCAACGGAGCCAGCGGCCGAAGUACAGCGACCAUCUGAGCCAGUCACCGAAGCACUUCCUCCACCUGAGCCGGCAGUAGAGGUGGCGCCGGCUGUCAUGCCAACGUCUGACAAGCACGAAUACUCUCUAGAAUCAUCACCUGCACAUUCCACAGCAAUUGAACCCUCACAAUCAUUACCAGAACAGUCGGCGCCAUCUCCUGACAAUGGAUAUGCUAUUGCACCAUCUACAUCAUCUGCUGCCCAACCUGCACCGCCUCCAUCCGAACAUGUGAACGAAUUACCUGCUGCGAUAUCCACUUCCAACAAGAAUGAGUACACAGAGGAGCAGUUGCCUGCAGUUGCACCAGCACCCACAUCUGCCGCACCUUCUCGUGAGCAGUUCGUCUUAUGGCUCCUCUACGACAUGGCACGUCAGGAGAUCACUCAGAGCCAGCAGCUCUGGGAAUUGGCGCCGAUAUGGGACUGA